AUGAAGCUGGUGAUGGUCCUCAUGCUGGCUGCCUUCCCCCUUUAUUGCUAUGCAGGGUCUGGCUGCUCACUUCUUGAGGAAUUGAUUAACGACACAAUUGAUCCAGAAGUGUCAAAAGAUCAAUAUUUGGAAGCUCUAAAACCAUUCCUACAAGGGAAUGCUAAGGCUGCAGAAGCCCUUACAGAUUUCAAGCAAUGCUUUCUCAGCCAGACAAAGGAGACUCUUGAGAACAGCAGCGAGAUGAUGGUGCCUACCUAUGACUGUGAGGCUGGCACAGCGGUCGGCGGCGCGCCGGCCCCGCCCACGUGCGCAGGCGCGCGAACGGUUGCGGCGGAGCGGUUGCGGGCCCAGCGGUUCGCAAGGCCGGGCUUGUGCGGGAAGCGGGAGGCUGCGGAGGCCGCGGAGGCCGGCCCCGGCAGCCCGGGCUCGGCCCGCUCCUUCCACGGUGGCCCAGAGUGGGACGGGAAGAGGUCGUCCGGGGUCACCGAGGCCCCACCUGCCCACCCAGAUGCUGGCAGGCCCCGGGCGAAGGAAGGAGUCCGGGUGAAGGUGCAGCGGAGGCCGCCGUCUGGGGGCGCCUUAGGCUUUCCGUGCAAAGCCCAAAGCGAGGGCCUGCCGAGCCCCCGCGCUCGACCUCGGGUCAUUGCCUCUGGCUGCAAACUCUCCCGGACGAGAAACCAGACCUAG